AUGCCUAAACGCAGCAGAAAACCCGGAGGCGUUUAUAUCUAUCUAUCCCUGUCUGUUCAUAUCUAUCUAUCUAUCUAUCCCUGUCUGUUCAUAUCUAUCUAUCUAUCUAUCUAUCUAUCUAUCUAUCUAUCAUGGGAAGAGCUGAAGAGGAUCACCCGGAACCGCAUCCGUUUGUCGAUUUCGCUGCUCUGUCUCUCUCUGUCUCUCUCUGUCCCUCUUUCUCUUCCCCCCUCCCUCUCUCGUCGCGCCAUAGCCUUGCAGGUGGUGGGUGAUUAUAGCUCUCUGUUUUUCUGUUCUUUAUUUUUCUUUUUCAUUUUUUUCUUUCUCCUCUCCCCUUCUUCAUUUCCAUCUCUUCCUCUCACUCUCACUCUCCUUUCCCCUCCUGCUCACUCUUUUCUUCUCCCUCCCUCUCUGUUACUCCCACUCUCUAUUUCUCGUCCUUUCUCACCUCCCAUUCAUCUCUCCCUUACUCCCACUCUCUCACUCUCUGUACCUCCUUCUACCUCUCUUCUUCCUCUUCCUCUCUCUUACUUACAUUUUCUCUUCCCCUUUCUCUCUCACUUUCCUAUUUAUCUUUCAUCUUGCUCAUUCUGUUCCCCCUCUUUCUCUCGCACUCUCUCUUCCUCCUCCUCCUCCUCCUCCUCUUCCUCUUCUCUCUCUAUUCUUCCUUCUUUACCUCCCUUGUUUUCUCUCUCUCGUGUUGUCACUCUCGCCUUCUCUUCUUAUCUUCUCCCUCUGUGGUUCUCCAUCACCUCUCCCUAUUCCUCUUCUUCUCUCCUUACUUUUCCUCCCGCUGUCUUUCGCUUUCUUCUUUCUUUACCUCCUCUCUCUAUAACUCCUCCUCCUCUCUCUGUUCUUCCUUUUUUCUCUCGUUUUUUUCACGCUCUCAUCCUCACUCUUCUUCCUGCUCUCUCUCUCUUUCUCUCUCUCUCUCUCUCUCUUCAUUCUUCUUUCUUUUCCUCUCUUGUUUUUCUUUCUCUCUUCUCCCCUCCUCACUCUUCCCUGUCUUUCUCUUUCUUUCUUUACCUCCGGUUAUGUGGCUCUCCCCCUCCUCUUUCUAUUUCUGAUAUUUCCUGUACGGAAUAUAAUACUUUCUUUCUUUCUUUCUUUCUUUCUUCACCUAUCGACAACAGGCUGAAUUUCUUGCUGGCUUAUAUAAACACUAUUCUUUCUUUCUUUCUUUCUUUCUUUCUUUUUUUUCUUUUUUGUUUAGUUCUUUCUUUCUUUCUUUGCACACUUUUCUUUCUUUCUUUCUUUAUCUUCUUUUUCUUUUUCUCUUCGGCUUUAUCUUCUUUUUCUUUGCUGAAUUUCUUCCUGGCUUAUAUAAACACUAUUAUUUCUUUCUUUCUUUCUUUCUUUCUUUCUUUCUUUCUUUCUUUCUUUCUUUCUUUGCACACUUUUCUUUGCACGCUUUUCUUUGCUCAUUUUUCUUUCUUUCUUUGCUCCCUUUUCUUUCUUUCUUUAUCUUCUUUUUGUCUUCGACUUUAUAUUCUUUUUCUUUUUCUUUGUCUUCUUUUUAUUGUUGCGGGCAACGUACCGAGUUUCUUUCGACACUUGCGCGUGCGCAGUGAGGCUUCCUUUUUUCUCGUUUCCUUUCUUUGCUAUAUUCCGCUAAGACCUGUGUUCAGCGUCGUCUGUCUCAGUCAUUCUCUUGUCUUCUUCAUAUGUCCCUUCUUUCUUCUUCAUUCUCUUUCGCGCUUCUUUUCCUCUUUUUCUUUCAUUUCAACCUCUUUUUGCUUCAACCUCUUCUUUCAAUCGUCUUUCUUUCCUCGUCGUUCUCUUUCUUCCUCUUUCUUCCCUUUCCUUCGUCUUUCUUGCUUCUCUAUUCUUUCCUUCUUAAUUUUUUUCCUUAAUUUCAUUCUUUUUAAAAUUCUCUCAUUUUCUUCCAAUUCUUUUAUUUAUUUAUUUUUUGUCUCUUCUUCCUUGAUAAUUCUCUUUCUUCUUUCGUUUGUACUUGCCUUCUUUAUUCCAUCUUUCUUUCUUUUUCCUUCAUCCUCUUUUCUUUUUCUCAUUCUUAUUUCUUUCCUUCUUUUUUUUCUUCUUCUUUAG